CCGCCAUUCGAUAAACAGCCCACCGCGGAAGAUUUUCGGACGGCUAACUUGUAGAGCAGCGAUUGACUCAUCUUGUCCUUCCCUGGAGCCGUCUCGCUCUCACCAAACAUUUCUUGGGUGAUCUUGCGUGAUCUUGCGUAUCUCGACGGCAGGCAAGCACCGCCAGCAUGCCCAAGGUUCACCUCCUCGACUACGUCGCCGGCAACGUGCGCAGCCUCGUCAAUGCCAUCGAGAAGAUUGGCUACGAGGUUGAGUGGAUCCGGUCGCCAGAGGAGGUCGCAAAUGCGGAGAAACUUGUCCUCCCGGGCGUCGGCCACUUCGGCCACUGCCUGUCCCAGCUCUCGUCCGCCGGCUACCUCCCCGCCCUCCGCGCCCACAUCGACGCCGGCAAGCCGUUCAUGGGCAUAUGCGUCGGUCUGCAGGCCCUCUUCACCACGUCCGCCGAGGAUCCCGACUGCCCAGGCCUUGGCCUGAUCCCCGGGGCCCUGGACCGAUUCGACGACGCCUCUAAGUCCGUCCCGCACAUCGGCUGGAACAACGCGUUGUGUCCGACGAACCCCACGCUCUACGGCCUGCGCCCAGACUCGAAGUACUACUAUGUGCACUCGUACAAGUACCCGUACAAGAAGGGCGAGCUAGAGCAACUUGGCUGGGCCGUCGCAACCGGCACGUAUGGAACAGAGACCUUCGUCGGCGCAGUGGCCAAGGGGAACGUCUUCGCGACGCAGUUCCACCCCGAGAAGAGCGGUGUUGCCGGGUUGAGGGUCAUCCGCGCGUUUCUGGACGGGUCGGGAGCCAAGGCCCUCGCCGAGAGCGCGCCUCAGGUGUUAAACGGCACAGCGGACGAGAUGAUCGCGCGGGAAGGGCUGACCAGACGGGUGAUCGCGUGUCUAGACGUCCGCACGAACGACCAGGGCGACCUGGUGGUGACGAAGGGCGAUCAGUACGACGUGCGAGAGAAGUCUGCCGACCGGUCCGUGCGAAAUCUGGGCAAGCCGGUGGAGAUGGCGAAGAAGUACUACGAGCAAGGCGCGGAUGAGGUCACCUUCUUGAACAUCACGUCGUUCCGCGACUGCCCGGUGGCCGAUCUUCCCAUGUUGGAGAUUCUGCGCAGGACGUCAGAGACGGUGUUUGUGCCCCUGACGAUCGGCGGCGGCAUCCGCGACACGUUGGACGUCGACGGGACCAAGGUGUCUGCCUUGGAAAUCGCAACCAUGUACUUCAAGAGCGGAGCCGACAAGGUCUCGAUCGGCAGCGACGCGGUGCUCGCUGCGGAGGAGUAUUACCGGGGCGGCAAGGUGCUGUACGGGAACACAGCCAUCGAACAGAUCAGCAAGGCAUAUGGCAACCAGGCCGUGGUUGUGAGCGUGGAUCCGAAGAGGGUGUACGUCCCGAAGCAGGACGCCACGCGCCAUGCCACUAUCAAGACGGAGUUCCCCGGGCCGAAGGGGGAGGGGUACUGCUGGUACGCGUGUACCAUCAAGGGCGGGCGCGAGACGAGAGACUUGGACGUCGUGGAGCUCACGCAGGCAGUCGAGGCGAUGGGCGCCGGGGAGAUUCUCCUCAACUGCAUCGACAAGGACGGCACAAACAGCGGUUUCGACCUGGAACUGAUCCGGCAGGUCAAGGAAGCCAUCAGGAUACCGGUGAUUGCCAGCAGCGGUGCCGGGAACCCCGGGCACUUCCUCGAGGUCUUCCAGGAGACAACGACAGAUGCGGCCCUGGGGGCUGGCAUGUUCCACAGGGGUGAGUACAUGGUGCAGCAAGUGAAAGACCACCUGGCCGACAAUGGAUUGGCGGUCAGGAAGUUCGAGGGCGAUCUAUGAGGCACAGUUGCACGUACAGGCGGGAACAUUCUUGAUAUAUAGACUUUGCUGUAGAUACCAAACCGAUUUCCAUGCUAACCCAGGUACCCAUGACGGACCGGAGACCUUCACAUAAAAUGAGAAGGAUGCAGCAACUCUUGCCAUGGC